GUGCUGAACAAAGAGCUCCAGCGAGUGCUGUCCGAGUUCAUACGCCGCACGCGCAUCACGCUACCAGCGUUAACUGAGCUCAUACACGGGCAAACCGUGGACGACUACAGACCAAAGAAGAGCAUGGUGCCUGCCGUGUUGGAGGUUUCGUGCCAAGGCUACCGGCACCUCCCAUGCUUACUAGACAUUGCUCAAUCCGGAGCACGGGUCCCGUGGACGCAUCCAUUGCCGCGUCAGACCUUACGACCUCCGAACCACAAGUUGGUAGAUGAACGGUACAAUGCCCUUGUCAAGAAUAUCCGCAAAGAACAAGAUUCGUGGAGGUACAUCGUCGUGGACGAGACUAUUUUGGGUUUGUAG